AUGGGCUCCCUUCCAUCGAGCAACGGUCUCGGCAGCACCACCAAUGUCAACAGUCCAUACACUAUACAAGAGACUCGGCUGGGGGAACCCCGGGAGCUACGGAUCAUCACCGUGGGCGCGGGAGCAUCAGGUUUGAAUUUAGCCUACCAGAUCAACAAGCAUAUGCGCAAUGUCAAUCAUGUGGUCUACGAAAAGAAUCCAGAGGUAGGAGGAACUUGGUACGAGAACAAGUAUCCUGGAUGCGCGUGUGAUAUCCCUUCGCACAACUAUCAGUUCACUUGGGAGCCAUAUCCCGAAUGGAACUAUUUCUAUUCUCCUGCCUCGGAGAUCCUCGAGUACUUCCGACGGCUAGCCAAAAAGUACGAGUUGUAUCGGUUUAUUCGACUAAGUCACAAAGUCAUCGGUGCGACGUGGAACGAAUCUGAAGGCACCUGGAAUGUGACAAUUGAAGACUUGACUACCGGCAGAGUCUUCGACGACCAGGCCCAUUUUCUGAUCAGCGGAUCGGGGAUUCUUAACAAUUGGAAGUGGCCUGAUAUUCCUGGCCUUGAUACAUUCAAAGGUCAGUUGCUGCACAGUGCUGCUUGGGAUCCAAAUGCGGACUGGCGAGGCAAGAAAGUUGCUGUUCUGGGCUGUGGCUCUUCGGGAGUGCAGAUUGUGCCUGCUAUUCAACCAGAUGUCGAGCAAUUGAUCACCUUCAUCCGAACCCCGACUUGGAUAACUGCCGGAUUUGCGCAAAGUAAAGCUGGGCCAAAUGGAGAGAACUUCAAGUUUACUCCUGAACGGAAGGAGGAGUUUAAACUACAGCCCGAGUCUUACCUCGCAUAUCGGAAAGAGGUAGAGGCGGAGCUCAAUUCUCGCUUCAAAUUCAUCAUGAAGGACAGCGCUGAGCAGAUGGAAGCUCUCGCUUUCUCCACCAACGAAAUGAAGACAAAGCUAGGCGCGGACUCGCCCCUGCUGAAGUACCUUAUACCUACUUUCAGCGUUGGCUGCCGAAGACCGACCCCGGGCAACGGCUACCUUGAAGCUCUGUCAAAAGAGAAUGUCCGAGUCGUUACAGACACCAUCGUGAAAAUCGUUCCCGAGGGGAUCAAGACCUCCAAGGGGGAAGUCCUUCCUAUUGACAUGUUUAUAUGCGCAACAGGGUUUGACAUAUCAUUUUGUCCCCGAUAUCCCAUCCUCGGGCAGAACGGAUGCAGCCUCGGGGAACAGUGGAAGGACAAGCCCGCAGCGUAUUUGUCGCUGGCCGUUCCCAAUUUUCCAAAUCACUUUAUGUUCUUAGGACCAAACGCCCCUAUCGGCCACGGAUCUGUCCUCCCCAUCAUCGAACAUGCCACCAAGUACAUCAUUCGGGUCCUUCACAAAUGCCAGACCCAGGGAAUCAAAUCCGUGACACCGAAACAACAGGCUGUCAAGGACUUCACCCAACACACAGAGGAGUUUAUGCAGCGGACGGCGUGGAGCUCGCAUUGUCGCUCCUGGUUCAAGAACGGCAAGAUCGACGGGCCGGUCGUGGCCCUCCAUCCAGGAAGCCGGAUACAUUGGUUCCACAUGCUGGACAGCGUCCGACACGAGGACUACGAAUGGACCACGUUCGACCAUAAUCGCUUCGCAUAUCUUGGAAACGGGUUUUCUACUCGAGAAGGAGACGGCAGAGAUUCGACCUAUUAUUUUGACAACCCGGAUCAAGGAUACGACGAGAUUUCUUACUAG